GAUUCCGGCAUGGAAGGAAUUCUCUCCUGUGCCCUUGGACUGGCUUAUUUCAUGACCUCAUACAUGCCACCAGAGCAAAAUCAAUUUUUACAUGCUAGUGUCCCUUUGCGAAUAUUGCUUGCUUUAUUAGCAGGGGGGAGACUCUUCUACAUGCGAAACUCACGGAGCAAAGCUGGCCGAACUAUGUUACUCGUGCUUGUCUACGACGGCAUCGGGGGUGUAGCCGUAGGAAUAAGUAUUCGGAACUUCACCGGUCGA